ACGUCAAUUUUAUGUUGCCUCUCGGUGCAAUCGAAGCCCAUUUGCCGUUUGCGGUUGGUCCAUGAUUCAACCUAAGGAAAUUUGCGGUUGGUCCAUGGUGCCAUCCAAAAUCACUUUUUAUUCACGAUUUAUUUUUAUUUUUGGAGGGAACUUCACCUCGUGGAAGUUGCUACUCAUGAUUCGUACGUACUAUCGAUGAUUACGGCUCUAUAAUGUCAAUGAUGGAUUCUUUCUCUCGUUGAUAGUAUUUUUCUUUCCUUAUUCAAAGUGGUAUUUAUUUGCUAAAAAAAUCUAAAAUAGACAAAAGAAAAAGUGUAAUUUUGGUGUUUUUAAGUGACCGUUAGUAAUUUUAAAUUGGGUUACUACAUUUUUUUUUUUUGUACUAUUAUUAUUGGGUUACUAAGUACUUACAAGAAGCUACCAUAAAAAAAAAAAGUACUUACAAGAAGCAAAAGGGCGGUCCGGUGGUCUACACAUAGCUCCAUUGGGCUUUGGGUCUCCAUUUCCAUUUAUCAUGGCCCAUUUUCUAUAACCCCAAUAAAUAAAAAAAGUACUAGAGUUUAUAGGCCAAUUUCUUCCCGACGUAUCCACUACGGCUACAUCCGCGCGCUUCCUCUCGCUCUCGCUAUUCUUUCUCAGUCAGCUUCAACUCAAAGCUAUGACGGCCCUGCAAUUCCAACCAGUAGAACCACCGUCGCCAUUUCUAAACUCCAGCUCCAAGCCGAACAAGACGACAUGGAAGCAUCCACCUUACUCCCCUUCGUAUUGCUCUUUCAGACACCUCCCACCUCCUCUUCCUUGCUCCGCGUCGACGCCUGGAGCAGAAGAAGAAACGCCGUCCCGCAACUACGAUUCCACCGCCACCAAUGGCGGCCGGGAUAUCGACGGGCUUGUCGAUCGUCGACCGGUGGUUAGAUUAGCUUGGGAGAAGCUUCUCCGGUGGUCUCGCUCUUGGCGCUCCAAAAACAAAGCCGACGUCCUCCGUCGCACCAACAAGGUCGUGGUUCUUGGAGGAGGAUCGUUUGGUACCGCAAUGGCUGCUCAUGUGGCUAGUAGGAAGUCCGACUUGGAAGUCCAUUUGCUUCUUCGUGACCCUUCCCUCUGUGAAUCCAUCAAUCUCCACCACUGUAAUUGCAAGUACUUCCCUCAACAUAAGCUACCAGUCAAUGUAACCGCCACCACAGACCCCAAAGCUGCUCUGAUCGGUGCUGACUACUGCUUUCACGCAGUUCCCGUCCAGUUUAGCUCGUUGUUCCUCGAGAGUAUUGCAGACUGUGUUGACCCUGGCUUACCGUUCAUAUCACUCAGUAAAGGGUUGGAGCUUAACACAUUGAGGACCAUGUCUCAGAUUAUCCCGAAAGCAUUAAAGAAUCCUCGGCAGCCGUUUGUUGCACUCUCUGGACCUUCUUUUGCACUGGAGUUGAUGAAUAGAUUACCAACAGCAAUGGUGGUGGCUUCCAAGGAUAAACGGCUAGCAAAUGCUGCUCAGCAAUUACUGGCUUCUUCUCAUUUACGAAUUAGCACGUCGAGUGAUGUCACAGGGGUUGAAAUUGCAGGGGCGUUGAAAAAUGUACUUGCUAUAGCGGCUGGUAUCGUGGAAGGAAUGAAUCUCGGUAAUAAUUCUAUGGCAGCUCUAGUUGCUCAAGGCUGUUCUGAGAUCCGCUGGCUAGCAACAAAGAUGGGUGCCAAACCAGAAACAAUUACUGGUCUUUCAGGUACAGGAGACAUCAUGCUCACAUGUUUUGUAAGUCUUUCAAGAAACAGGACAGUUGGAGUUCGACUUGGAUCAGGGGAGAGUCUGGAAUCGAUAUUGAAUUCCAUGAAUCAGGUGGCAGAAGGGGUGUCAACAGCAGGCGCAGUGGUUGCAUUAGCUCAGAAGUACAAGGUUAAGGUGCCGGUUCUGACAGCAGUUGCUCGGAUCAUUGACAACGAACUGACUCCGCAGAAAGCUGUUCUUGAACUGAUGAGCCUUCCUCAGGUUGAAGAAGUGUGAGGGAGGUUUGGGCAGCUGGCCUCUCGUUCCAAAAGAGUUGAUGGCACACAAGCUCAGUGGAGCUGGGUUGCAUAAUGACAAACUCCACACUAGUAGGUAAGCUUGUUCGAUGUUCAUAUGCGUGUUGAAGAGAAUAGAAUACUGCAGAUUGUUGAUUACUUUCUGCUAUCGAUCUAUGGAAUAGUGAAUUUCUGAUAUCGCACUCUGCCUUGGCCUCGAAGAUAUCAAUCUGAUGGGAGCAUAUUGGUUCCCUUGUGUUUGUGGCGUUUUGAUGCAGGCAUGCAAUAUGAACAAGGCGAGAUAACAAUGCCUUGCUAGGGGGUCUCGGGUCUACCCUCCAAAACUCCAUCCAGAACAGGGAAGGGAACAAUUUUUCCUCCAUCCAUUUCCACUUUCUAUAAAAAGAAGAGACGUUAAUGUAAAUUCAUACAUCAGUUUUUAUAUAAAAAGAAGAGACCUCAGUGUCACAUAUUGCCCCAAUUAGAGGGGCAGGAAGCGUGCAGAAGGUUAAUGAUCAUCGUUGAUCGUCCCAAUCUUAUGUAACCUCAGCUUGUGUCGAAGCACGCUUGUAUGCAGUCACAUCCUUCAAGUACUUAGCAACACUUGCGGCUUCCAGCUUUGGGGCAGAGGUGUAAUGUGGACUCUUCGAAGCUGCUUGGCGUUGGCCAACACGAACUUCACCAGCUCCAUUUCCACCUGCAAGUCUCCCAGGCUGCUGCUCUGAAUGUUGAAGACUUCAAGGCACUCUAAGCAACUGCUAUUUUCAGGCUGCAGCUUCAGCUUCUCUGCUUCCAACAUCGCUAUUGCGCUGUCGACCCCAGCUCCCUUCCUGCGUUCGAAUCCACUACUCGGCUUCGAAUAAUCAUAGUAAUUUGUUAACUGAUUGAGUUAGAUAUGGAUGUAAACAUAUUACAUACAAAGCAAUUGUGAGAACUCAUGAUUAGACAAACAAGAACACUCGCAUCCGUCAAACUAGACAAGUAUAGAUGAGGUAUUUCCAGCACUUCCAAGUGGUGAAGUGAAGCAGAGUCGGAAGCCUGCCUCGGAAUUGGGUCGAAUUAAAUAUGUAUUUGGUUCGAGUUUGAUUGUCAUUCCUAGUCACUACUUGGGGUGGAGAUUCGGUUACCGGUUGUCGGUUAAUUGCCGGUUAAAUCGAUAACCGACAAUUAGCCAGUUAACCAAUAACCGAAAAAUAAUGUGGUCGGUCGGUGGUCGGAUGGCGAAUUAGCUGUGUCGGUUGACCGAGUAACCGACGGCAAGGUUGUCAGCCCGCGGGUUGACCCAGACCCGGUCGAGCUAGUGGGUCAAGGGUUAAUGGGUCAACCGUUUUAGCUCGGUUUGGCCCGGAAAUAUAGAAAAAGUCAUUAUAUUAUACUUUUCCUCAUAAAUUAUAUCAAAUCUU